AUGCAGCAUGAGAACGAAAGGCUAGUCGCUCGCAAGAUCAAAUGGCUGGGGAUAUAUACUACCGAGCUCGCCGGAAUAGGUCUGAGUAAGGACGAACUCAUACCGAUCAACAAGCAUGAUGAGAAAAAGGCAUUAACGAUGCUCCGGCGGCCCAACCUCCCGAAGAGAUGGCGGAAGGAGCUGCAACACAUGCUGCACAAUCGCCGCAAAGCAGAGAUCGAGGUGCUCUCUUUAGCCACUCAGUCUAUGUUCAUCUCUGGCUGCAGCGACGAUGGCCCACGUUUGGGUGCUCACGCGCUGAACUCACUGCCACCCCUGAUGCACUAUCUCAUCGCGAAGAUCAGUACACACGUCGCAGCAGAACGCACCGCCACUGGCGAUCAAUGA